AAAUCAAGGUGCAAAGAUGCCAAAGAGUGAUGAAAUGAAAAGAAAGCCAAUUGCUGGACUGAGGUGGGGGAGAUAGCUGCUCGGAGUCCGCCUGCGACUAUGGAGCAGUCAGUAAUUGCUGGAGACAGGGAGAGCUGGGGGUUGGGCUGAGGUAGCCAUGUAUAAAUAGUGUGAUCUCAAAUUGAAAGGCAUAAAUAACAGCAGGAGUGAUCUAACCCUAUACAGCCCAUCUUCUACGUGCAAAAACAGCGUGUGGAGGACGGCCACAUCUCCGACUGAAAACAAGUGGAUCUCUGUGGAUAAGAUCACCGGGCAGCCAUGGAAGAACUUACGGCUUUUGUAUCCAAAUCUUUUGACCAGAAAAGCAAAGAGAGCAGCAGCGGCAGUGGCAGCGGCAACAAGAAGGAGACGAUCACGUACAGGGAAGUUUUGGAGAGUGGGUUGGCUCGCUCUAGGGAGCUUGGAAACUCUGAUUCUAACCUGCAGGACAUGACCGAGAGCAGCAACCAUUGCCCGGUGCAUCUUUUCAAAGACCACGUAGAGAGCGACAAGGACAAACUGAAGGAGUUCAACACGGGCAGGACAGCGGAAGGGAUCUACGAAUGCAAAGAGAAGAGGGAAGAUGUGAAGUCAGAAGAUGAAGACGGACAGACUAAGCUUAAACAAAGGAGAAGCAGAACCAAUUUCACACUAGAGCAGCUGAACGAGCUGGAAAGACUUUUUGAUGAGACUCACUAUCCGGAUGCCUUCAUGAGGGAGGAACUAAGCCAGAGGCUGGGACUAUCUGAAGCUAGGGUUCAGGUAAGAGAAAGGCUCUGUUCCUGGAAGCGCGCUCACCUCGCUCCCUAGCUGCCGGCGGAUCCCAGCACAGUGCCCCGUUUCAUGCGGAGCGGGGAGGUGAAGGCAGAGGUGACACGU